AAGAGAUUCAAGUGAGUGCUUCAGUAGGAUAUGCGACAAGAAGACGAGUAGCGGUGUUUCAAUGACCACCAGCGCCACCUACACGUGACUUGAAAAUUUUUACGAAAACUUGACGUGAGUCCCAAACUACCCCCCUUACUGUAAACCCAGAAGACCUUUUUUUUCUCGCGAGUUUUUCUUUUUAUCACUUCCCGAAAAAUGUCUCGUUUCUUCCGUAGUUCAGAUACUGAAUCAUCUGAUUCAGAUUCCUCUGAUAACGAUUCUCAAUAUAGCCACUCCGAUUCCGAGUACGAUUCCGAUGCCGCUAGUUAUCACUCUGAAGCUGAGGAUGAUCAACCCAAGAACCGUUUCUUGAAGGGUGGAAGUGACUCUGAUUCAGAUGACGAAUCUAACAAGAAACGUCAAGCUAAAUCUCAAAAGGAUAAGAGAAUUGAAGAGAUGGAGACUGCCGUCAAGGCCAUUGAGAACGGUCAAAAGAACAAUGAUUGGAAUUUGAUUUCUACUGAAUUUGAUAAACUUACUAUUACAAUCACAAGAGCCACCACUGGUUUCAACAAGAUUUCUGUUCCCAAGUUUUACAUUAAGACUAUGGUCGAACUUGACGAUCAUGUAACCGAAAACCUUGCAAAGGAAAAGUCUACCAAGAAGAAGAACAAUAACAGUAAGGCCAUGAACAACUUAAAGACCAAGCUCAAGAAGCUUUCUAAGCAAUUUGAGGAGUCUAUCACUGCUUACAAGAAGGAUUCUGAGGAAUUCAUGAAGGAGGAAGAGAUUGAGGAAGAAGUUGUUGCUCCCGUCAAGAAGAGAGAGGUUGCUUCAAAGGCUGUUGCCUCUGCAGAUGAUGAAGAUGGUUUCUCUUCUGUCGGUAAGGGUGGUAAGACCAUCAUUGCUGUUACUAAAGAAGGUCUCUUGACCCGUUUGAGAGAAGUUUUGGAAAGUCGUGGUAAAAAGAACACUGAUCGUGCUGAACAAAUUCUUGUAUUGGAAAGUUUGUUGCAAGUUGCCGAAUCUCCUUUCCAAAAGAUCUCUGUUCUUUUGGUUCUUAUUGCCUCUCGUUUCGAUAUUAACGUCAGCAAGGCCACUUUCAUGGAUGUCACUGUUUGGAAGUCUGCUGCCAAGGAGUUCAACCAACUUCUUCAAGUACUUGAAACCAACAAGUCUUUCAUUGUCACUGAAGAUGCUGAAGAACUCAACAAUGAAGAUAGAGAUGUCGUUCCCCAAGCUGGUGAAGUUGUAAAGGUCCGUGGUUCUAUCCUCAGUUUUGUUGAACGUUUAGAUGAUGAAUUCAACAAGUCUCUUCAAAACAUUGAUCCUCACGCUACCGAAUAUAUUGAUCGUCUCAGAGAUGAGGCUACCAUUUUUGCCAUGCUUAACCGUGCUCAAUUCUAUUGUGAAACUUAUAACUUCACUCAUGCUCUUCCUAGAAUUGUCUCUCGCAAGUUGGAUCAUGUUUACUACAAGCCUGAACAAGUCAUUGGCUCCCUCCAAGCUGCUACCAAGAAGCUUUUACCUGACUAUGUUGUCUCAAAGAUUACCCCCUCUGAAGAACCUACUGAGUUAGUCAAUCAACUCUGUAACUACCUUUACAAGGAUACUACCACUGUUUUCCGUACUCGUGCUAUGCUUUGUCAUAUUUACCAUUACGCUCUUCACAAGAAGUUCCAUACUGCCCGUGAUUUGUUAUUGAUGUCUCACGUCCAAGACUCUAUUCAUCAAGCUGAUAUUGCUACCCAAAUUUUGUAUAACCGUGCCAUGGUCCAAAUCGGUAUCUGUGCCUUCCGUGAUGGAUUAAUCAAGGAAUCUCACUCUGCCCUUUCCGAGAUCCAAGGAUCUGGUCGUGUUAAGGAACUUUUAGCUCAAGGUGUUCAAGCUCAACGUUUCGGACAACCCACUAACCCCGAAGUGGAGGCCAUUGAACGUCAACGUCAAUUACCUUUCCACAUGCACAUCAACUUGGAACUUCUCGAAUGUAUCUUCUUGACUUCUUCCAUGCUUUUAGAAAUCCCUGCUCAAGCACAGGCUGGACCUAACAACAAAAAGUUUAUCUCUAGACCUUUCCGUAGAUUGCUUGAUUACAACGAACGCCAAGCAUUCAGUGGACCCCCUGAGAACACCAGAGAUCAUAUCAUGAGUGCUGCCAAGGCUUUGGCUUCUGGUGAAUGGGAAAAGGCAAAGGAUUUCAUUUUAGCCAUCAAGGUUUGGGAUUUGAUGGUUGAGACUCAAGAGAUCAAGGAAAUGCUUGUUCGCAAGAUUCAAGAAGAAGGUCUUCGUACUUACUUGUUCACUUAUGCUUCUUACUACUCUACAUUGGGUUUAACACAAUUAGCCAGCAUGUUCGAUUUAUCUGUCAACAGUGUUAACGCCAUUAUCGCAAAGAUGAUUUUCAAUGAAGAGUUAUCAGCAUCACUGGAUCAGGUUACUCAGUGUAUUGUUCUUCACCAAGUUGAACUCUCUAGACUCCAAGUUUUAUCCUUGCAAUACUCUGAAAAGGUUGCUAACCUUGUUGAUCAAAAUGAACGUUUAACAUCAAACGGUAGAGAUAAUAAUAACAACAGAGAUAACAACAACAACAAUAACAACAACAGCAACAACAACAGCAACAACAACAACAGCAACCACCAUAACAGUAACAAAAAUCAUUAAAUUAGACCAAAUUUUUUAUAUAUAAUCUAAUUAUUUCGUUUUUUUCCUACCUCCUCUUUUCUCCAUUUUUACACUUACUUUUUUUUUUUAAUCUCAAAAAUAUAUACAAAGGAUUUUUUUUAAUUUAAAA